UUAAUUCGAGGCAAAAGAAAAGAGCGAGUAUUGCACGCAAAUUCUCUCUCUAAUAUUCGUCCAAAAAAAUUUCUCUCUCUAAAUUCUAACCAGCGUGACCUUUGGAAUCUCCGCUUCACUUGUAACCCAUCUCUCUCUGCGUGGGAAGGGGGAAGAAAGCUUUAAAUACGAUUAAAAAAUAUGGGGGAAUUCACGAAACAGGUGGGAAAAUGAAAGAGUGUUGAUCAUGUGGACUGCCUGUUUCUUGUUUUACAGAGCCAUGAGUUAUCUGUGAGUCAUUCUUGCGAGCCUUCUUCAGAAGAAUUAAUGGCGGUUUCAGAGCAAGAAGGGACAUUGAAGAGGUGCGAGAGAUCAGGGAGCGUUAUACUCGACGUCGAAAGCCUUACUCAGCUAGCGGAUAAAGAUUUUGCAGGGAGCCCCAAGAGAAAUAUCUCAAGAAAAGGUUCUUGUAAUCGUGCCGAAAAGAAAGCAGUUGAAAGAGAAAUUGUGGAAGUUGCAAUAGCGGCAACAAAAGGUUUGUUGUAUGAGAACAGUAGUAGUAUGAAUCCUGAGAAAUCAGUGAUGGUGCCCAUCAACGGCUCCUGCAACUCGCCCUCUGUUUUAGAGAGAGAAAGCAGCAAUAGCAGGUGCAGGCGCUUGAGGCGGUCUACGUGGCUCGAUCCAAGGAGGAUCGUUCUCAUCUUCGCCACUCUGUCAAGUAUGGGGACUAUAAUACUCAUAUACUUCACUCUAGCAAUGAGCAAGAUUAAUACAGGGGAUGAGUCACAGAUAACAUCAAACUAAUUCCAUACCAAAUGAUUCGAUCAUAGAGAGAGAGAGGGAGUCUUUUUAAAAUUUAGAGAGAGAGAGAGAGAGAGAGUACUUUUAAAUUGAGAGAG